AUGCUUGCAGGUCCCACCUCUCCAAAGAACAAGACCUCUCCCACUAGAGCGUCCUACGCAGGCCCUACGCAGCCCAUACCGAAAAAGUCGCUCCAGAUCAGAACAGACAAACCCCGUCCCCAUGUCUGUUCCAUCUGCACCCGUGCUUUUGCUCGGUUGGAACACUUGAAACGUCAUGAGCGCUCGCACACUAACGAGAAGCCGUUUCAGUGUGCUGCGUGCGGUCGCUGUUUUGCUCGCCGAGACUUGGUUCUCCGCCAUCAGCAGAAGCUCCAUCUGAACAUCUUCCUGGUGGUCCGUCGUGGUCUGUUGCCCACAACGCUUGCGUCUCAGACGCCAGCCAUUCCCGAGUCGACCACUCUGACCCCUACGGGCGACAACAUCAUCAUUUUGCAGAACAACACCAGUGCCAAAGCGCCUCUUCCGAACGAGCUGGAAAUGCAGUCGCCUAACAACAUACACAUGGCUGGCCUGGGGAUGCUGCUGCCAAUGAACGUCGGAGGACUGCCCAACGAGUUCUCUCAAUUGUCUGCUCCUUUCUACCAAAAUAGGCCACCCAGCAGCGGGGCUAGUGCUCAAAACGGCAGUAUUAAUACCAACAGCAUCACCAACAGUAGUCUUUCAGGUAGUAAUGGCUUCCUGUCGCUGGGCGGCAAUGGCCAAGACUCCUUGACUAUGCCCUCUCCCAGCACCAACUCGAGCCACAAUACCCCCUCGUUCAACGUUCUGAACCAUCACUAUACCUCGGGCUUCAUGGAUGCUGACCCUCUCCUGGUAGUUGGCGGCUUGAUCAAUCCAGAUAUGACACAACAGCCAUCUCCUCUCACAGGCGACUCUCCCGAAUUGAGAGAGAAGAAGCGCAUGGGUUCUGGUGACUCAAACCACCUGAGCACUCCUGCAAAUGCAGGUAUCCGCCCUUCAAAGAUCUUGGACCGUUUCACGAGUGCCUCGGCUUUGUCACGUACCAACUCUGGUGUUGCUGGCCACCGCCAUGCCUCAUUCUCGGCCGUCUCGGGUAUUUCCUACACGAACCUCCAGGAUGCGAUGAUCAUCCGUAACAAUCAAUUUACCGAUGUUCCAGCACAGGUUGGCUUUGCCACCCCUCAAAUGACUGCUGAGGAAAUGGAGGUAAAGAGCUUCUCUGGCGAAGAUUUCGGCCUGUUGGACUUGGAUUGGUACUCUCUUGAUUACGGAUCUCAUCCUCCUCAAAAGGAUUCUUUACCCCAGCACAAUUCCAAUAGAAGACCCAACCGUACCGAUUCCUCUGCCAAUGGCUUCAAAAUUAAGCUAAACACAAUUCCUUCGGAGUCACAGCUAGCUCAAGCCGGAGAUCAUGAGUAUUUCGCCAGCAAUAUUGUAGCCGGCCACCAAUUCCUGGAUCCCAGUCACCCUCACCAUAUUAAGGGCACCACUCCUAUUGAGUUUGGCUACUCUUCUUUCACAGAUGUUGCUAGUGCGCUUGGUUCAGACAGCAGGAAUAUUCAUGUGGGAACAGGUUUUGCACAUUUAGCACACGAUGCCCUCGACUUGAAGGAACCUCGCCGCAAGUCUAGCGGCACCGGCAGCGUUUCUGUCACUACUCCUGGCUCCAUGUCAGGAAGAGAUAGUGUCCCACCAAGCGCAGGAUCCAGAAGUGGAACCAAACCUCCUUCGAGUGGUUUGCGCCGCCAAGCGCUGACCAUUAUGAAUCAUGACUUCAAACGUGCAAAUUUGGGGACCACACCCAAAAUGAGCCAAGGAUCUCAAAUGGGCACCUUCACUGAUGCAGAAGAUUUGGCAUGGGUUGAGCAGAUUCGCGGUAUUCCAGUUCCUAAUGAGUUUCCUCUGGCCACUAGAACUACCGGUUUUGAAGGAUUUCCUUACAUCCAUGACCAAUUCGACCUGGACGAAGUGUACGGCUUAUUCAAACUGAGACAAGAAGACUUGGUGAAACAGCGCAGUACUGUAAAUGCAGCCGCUGCCGCAAAUGAUGACAAUUACUCUGUGACUUCCACAGAGCAUAGUCACAGCAUGGAGCGUGCCCUGUCUAAAGUUAAGUUCAUCAUUGGUGACACAAAUGAAGUAAUUACUGAAGAGUUCCGUGCCAAAAUCAUUCUGGAGAGCAAAUUGACCGAUGCUCAAUUUCCACCUUGCGAGGACUUAAAUGCCUACUUGAAUUUGUAUGAGAAGGAGUUUAAUACCUACUACUCUUUCAUUCACAUGCCAACGCUCAAGAGCCCUACUACGAAUAACACGGAGAACGUGCCAUUGAUUUUAUCCAUGUGCGCCAUCGGUGCUUUGUAUCUGUACCAUGAUUCGAACACCCUCUUGUUGUUCAACUUGUCGAAGUUCCAUAUUCACAAUUUCUUCGAGAAAGAGGUAACAGUUGACAAACUUCAAUUUAAGAAGGUUCCAAUUAUGGCACACCAAUGUCUUGUUCUCCACAUCUUCAUUUCGAUGUUCCUCAACGAGCCCAACAUGGUUGAGAUUACUUCACGUCAAAUGAAUUCUAUGGUGGGGCUUAUUAAGUCCACUAACUUCCAUCGCCCACUCGAGCAAUUCAUAGUGCCACCCAAACCAAUCACGGGGCCUCUUGAUCAUGCCGGUAUCCAGGCCAAUUUCGAUUAUUUCGUCAUGUCUCAGACUAGAAUCCGUACAAUUCAUACCUUUUACCAACUUGAGGUCUUGCGCAGCGCUCUUUUGGGCUGCCCACUUCCUAUGAGCGGUUCUGAGGUAAAGUGCGGAACUCUUUGCAGCGAUGAGAACUUGUGGCGUCUGUCAUCUGCUGAAGAAUGGUACCUUCACCUCCAAAAUUCACCAGCAAAGUCAUUAGUCGAAGUCAGCAACAACGAAAGUAUGGGUCGCUUGUUUGAGCAACUCGGAAGUGGAUUCUUGCCUGAAGGGAAGAUCUCUUUCAGUAAGUCUUUUGCUUUGAUCAUGCAUGUUCACGAGCAAAUUCUGAACGAGUAUAAUGAAAGUAAAACCGAUAUAGAGCCUUUGGAGUGGCGCACAAGCCACCGUCCAAAUCUCGAAAAUUUGUUUACAUCGUGGGAGAGUCAUUUCAUUAGAAGUGGUGGAUUUUCCUUGAUUAACAACCACAACCACCAUCUUCUUAACACGCGCUCCGAACUCAAAUUGAUCAUUCCAAUGUCUUUGUUGGCCAAAAUGCGUCUUUGUAUCAAUUUCACCCCUGUAAUGACCCAGGUUUUGUAUAAAGACUGGCCCGGAAUGGAGGCCAUGCUCAAGAAGCUUGAUCUCGAUGUCGAUGCCUUGAAAGAGGCCGCACAAUACUCGAUUGAGGUGCUCAAUUUGUGGAUUCACAACAUAUCGAUGCUUAACGAUGCUAAGCAGACAUCUGUGCGUACUCCAGUAUUCUUCGUCACAUGUAUCUUUAUCUCUGUUGUGAUCUUGAGUAAGGUGUUGAAGGUAAUUGAAAGCGCUGAAAAUCCCUCUGUCUACGACCGUGCCUUCUGGCUCACUUGCGUGAAAGUUCUCAACGGCAUUGAGACGGCAUUGAGUCCAAAAGAAGAGUCGUCAUACUCUGAGUUCUUGUGUGAACAGUCACACGGUGUCUUUGACUACGCUUGGAGCGAUGAGUUCAAGAAGAACAAGGAGGAGACAGUCAAGCAAUUGAAUCUGGGCGAAGGUUCAGCGGACACAAUUCGCAAAUGCAAGCUUUCGAUCCAAUCGCUCAGUCUCGGAGUGCGGAUUCUAGCAGAUGCUCCCCUCUGGCCGCUAGCCAUGGGAUUUGCUGAAGCACUCAAAAACAUGGCCACGCAAUUUAACGACGAUAAGAAGUGA